AACAGAAGGAGCCUGACCUCCUGGACUUCCCUCCCAAGCUGGUGGCAGAGCAACUCACCUACAUGGAUGUGGAGCUGUUCAAGAAGGUGGUGCCCCAUCAGUGCCUGGGCUCCGUCUGGUCCCGGAGGAACAGGCCUGGCAAAGAGCACCUGGAACCCACAGUCCGAGCCACCAUCACCCAGUUCAAUGCUGUGGCCAGCUGCAUCGUCACCACGUGCCUUGGCAACCCAAGCAUGACAGCCCAGGACAGGGCCAUGGUGGGGGACCACUGGAUCUGGAUGGCCAAGGCCUGUCAGAUUCUAGGGAACUACUCCUCCCUGCAUGCCAUCCUCGCGGCUCUGCAGAGCGUCCCCAUUCACCGCCUGAAGAGGACAUGGGACAACGUUUCCAGGUGAGUAGGCUUCUCUCCAGGGAGGGACCAGGA